GACGAGGAGCUCGUUCGGCCAGGGGUUCCCCCGUACCGCUUGCCCCCACGCGUGCCCCGGGACCCAGCGCGGGGUGCGGUGGGUCUGGGGGUCCCGCUUGUCCCCCGGUCGUGUCGCGGUCCCGCGGGGGCGCAGCGCCGGCCGUGCCGCGGGUGGGGCCGUGCCCGGUGCCUCCCGCGGGGGCCGGGCCGGGCCCUUUAAGAAGCUCCACCCGCGGCCGAGCCCAGGUGGAGCCGCGGGGCCGUUCGCACCUCGGCCGGCGCGGCCCGGGAGAUGGUGCUGCGGGCGGCGGGGGGCAGCUGCGAGCGCGGCGGACACGCGUGGGAGCCCCGCGGGGCCAGGGGAAGGCGACGCCCGCCAUGAGCUCGUCGGCGCUGCUGGCUGAGGGCCCCCUCGACCCCCCGGUGCUGCUGGCCGACAUCAAGACGGAGCCCCCCGAGGAGCUGCUGGCCAGCGACUGCAGCCAGCCCCAGGCCGAGCCCGUCGAUCUCUCCCUCAAUAAAUCCAAGGUGGCUCCGGCCUCGGCCCCGCCGCCACCGCCCCCCACCUCGGUCCAGUCUUCCCCCAUGCUGGUGGCUCCCCCGCUUCCCGCUCCCAGCACCGUGUCCAUCCCGCCCUCCGGUCUCAGCUCCACCUCGGCCAUCCCGGCUGUCCUCUCACCCGGCUCCAUCCUGGCCUCCACGCAGGGCAGCGGCGGGCAGCAGAUCCUCCACGUCAUCCACACCAUCCCCUCCGUCAACCUGCCCAGCAAGAUGGGCAACCUGCAGACCAUCCCCGUGGUGGUGCAGUCCCUCCCCGUCGUCUACACCACCGUGCCCACGGACGGCGUCACCGCCAUUACCGUGCCCCUCAUCGGGGGGGACGGCAAGAACGCUGGGUCUGCUUUCCUUUCCCGGACCCCUCCAGUGAAAAUGGACCCUGGCUCCGUGUACCCCAUGGACAUGAACAGCGACAGCGAGGACAGCGCCUCUGAGAGCGGCCCAGCACCUUUCCAGGACCUCCAGAGAGAGCCGGCGGCGCGGGGGCCCAGAGCUGAUUCCCCGGACUUGAAGAAGCGGCGCAUCCACCAGUGCGACUUCGAGGGCUGCAAUAAGGUCUACACCAAAAGCUCCCACCUCAAAGCCCACCGGAGGAUACACACAGGCGAGAAGCCCUACAAAUGCACGUGGGAAGGCUGCACCUGGAAGUUCGCCCGCUCGGACGAGCUCACCCGGCACUUCCGCAAGCACACGGGCAUCAAGCCCUUCCGCUGCUCGGACUGCGACCGCAGCUUCUCCCGCUCCGACCACCUGGCCCUGCACCGCCGGCGGCACGUCAUGAUGUGAGCGGGGCCCGCCGCGCUGGGGGCCGGCAGCGCCUCCCUCCCUGCAUCCAUCCACACCCCGCGGCUCCUGCGGGGCGGGGCGGGGACUGCCGGGGCGCCGGGGCCGAGCCGUGCCUGCUGCAGGAGCCCCGCCCGGCACGGCACGGGACGGCAAACAAUGGAUUCUGGACUGCUGCCCCUUCUCUCUUGUCCCCAGCUGUUUUUAUUCCUGGGUUUGUCCUCGCCUGGAGGCUCCUUGACUCCUCACCUGGAAUUCACCCAGCAGUUGCCUCCGGCUCUUCGGCCUCCUGCCCGUUGUUGUCCCCCGCGUGCUCCCUGUCCCCUGCCCCUCUCAGUGCCUGGGAGCCGUGGCAAGGAUGGGGGCAGGUGAUGGCGCGAUGGGCCCCCGUGAAGGUGCUGAUGGCCGUUCCUGCUCCAUCCCCAGACUGUCCCAGCAGGAGAAGGGACAUCACCUCUGUGUGUGUCCCUCAGCAUGUGCUGGGCUUCAUGGGAAGUGCUGAGUGCAGAGAGAGCCAGGAGGAAAAGAGGAAUCAAGAAAGGGGGAAAGAACCCAACAGUGACUCACAAACAAGACCAUCGCCACACAAAGGGAAA